AAAUUCAUUGUUGUUAACAGUGGUCAUGAACUCAGCCAGCCAAUAUUGGACAAAUUGCAGUCGAUGAUUUGCGAGCUGUCCGAAAGUAAGCAUAAUUCUUCACACGACCAGAAGAAAUCCGUGACUGCCGGUCGCGAGCUGCCAGAGAGCAAAAAUGUGUUAACCAUCACGGAUACAACGUCUCUGGAAACAGAACGUGCGGAUACGGUGACAGAUUAU